CCUUCAUAGCCUCUCACUCUGUUUUUUAAUACAAAUAUAUAGAUAUCCUUCUAAAUAUAUAUAUAUAUAUAUACAUACAUACCUGUUCUGCUGUGACUACUGCUAUAACCACAACUCUUAUAAAUAACAGAGAGAUUGAGAUGUUUACACAUCCAGGGCUUUUGCUAGCUUUCUCUCAGGGAUUCUCACAAGACUCAUUAUCAUCUCAUCACCCUUUUUUCUCUCUUCCUCAUGAUCAACUUCUCCCGUAUCAACAACCCUAACUUGGGAAGCAUUGUGCAAAGUACUGCAGUCUUGGAAUAUGAUUUAGGAGGAGAAGGGGAUUUGUUCAAAGCCCCAGAACCAAUCAUAGGAGAAUCAGUGCUUGCUCUUGAUCUAAUAGCAAGUGGGAUGUCAUUGAUAUCAGAUGCUGAUGAUGUUAUUACUGCAGAAACAAUUCAAGUUGCAGAUAUGGAAUCAAUCCAAAUUGAGCAUCUUGAUGAUGUUAUCAAUGAGUGCAAGAAAGUUUUUUUGGCAAAAUCAAUGACUGAAGAAACAAUUCCUGAGCAUGAAGUAGCACAACAAAUUGAUGAAGAAGAUUCAGAAAAAGCAAAAAGCAGGAUCAUUGCAGAGGGGCAAAUGCAGAAAAGUGUGAGUUCUGGAAGUUUGAAAUCAAUGGAGUGGAUCAAUGCUUGCUGUAAUAGAAGACCCAAUUUUCUCAGUUUCCAAGGUUUGGAUUUCGGAACUGCACUUGGGAUGAGGAGAGCUUUCAGUGAGGGAGAUAUUCAGACUCUUGGGAGUAAUAACUACACAAACUAUAACUGCACAGGCAUAAUUCACUCAUAUGAGAAGUCCGAAGAGCGCAGAGAAAAGCUUUCCCGGUACCGAAGGAAGAAGAGCUUGAGAAACUUCAAUCGAAAAAUCAAGUAUGCAUGCCGGAAAGCGUUAGCAGACAAUCAGCCGAGAAUACGAGGAAGGUUUGCAAAGACGGAAGAUAGAUGAAUUUAUCCAGAUCACAGAAACAAAUCCUUGAAGAGAUGAAAUAAGACAGACACACUGCUGUAUAAUAGAGUGAAUAAAGCCUUGUUUGUUGUUAGCACUACAAUAACCAAUUCUUGUGGGGAUUGUUCUCUCCCCUUAUUGUUCA